AUGCCGGCCGUGCCGAGCGACGCGGGACUGGGCUCCAAGGAAGAGGACGACGCGCAGCUGAACGAGCGCAUCUCCAAGGCGCACUCGGAGCUCUCGGAGCUGCACCGGAAGAUCAUCACCGACAAGAGCGACCGCGGGAGCGACGGACCCGCCCGACGCACGCGCAGUCGCACGACGCGCCCGUUGCCGCUUGACGUCGACUAUGGCACAUCCAGCGAGCGGCCACUGCAGCAGCGCCCGAGCACGAACGACCCGAUGCGGUCGGACCGUAUGCGGCUCGCCGAGCUCUCUAACGAGCAGCAGCUCCAGGGCAUGCGCAGUGCAGAAAAAGACGCUACUGCUGUCCCGUCUGCGUUGCGUCGCACCCAAGCGCCACGACGUCCUGUCGACCGUAUCAACAUGGCUACAUUACCGCCGCCGCUUGCUGCUGCUGCAAACGAUCUGCGCGACUGUUCGACGGACAUUGGACAGCCCGCGCUCCCGUUGGACGACGUCACGGACACGGACGACGAGGCGCUCGUCACGCCAGCGCGCACCGACGCGAGCAGGAGGACGAAGACGAGGGACAACCGACGCGUACUGGACGAUACGGUAGCUGUGCGUUAUUGUGACGAGCCACUCGGAGCGAGAAGAGCGGGCGGCGCAGACGGAGGAUCGAGGACGCACGCGGAGCUGCACACGUACGUGCGGCAGAUGGAAGAGACGAUCGCGCAAUUAGUGCAGCAAAAGGACGAGCUGGUGCAGAACCAGACCGAGUUUGACAAGCACGCGAGCGGGAUCUUUCCGUCGCUCGAGCACUUGAACCAGCAGCUCACGCAGCUCGUGCAGGGCAAACUGCUGCACUCGGGGCAGUCGCGCACGUCGGAUACGGACCACGACGAUCACGACCACAACGACGUGGCGACAUUGCACGAUGAUAUGCUCGACGAACUCCGUGUGCAGCGCGAGCAGCUGAGCGAACUCGAGGCCGACAGCAAACGUCGGAAGUACGAUGCCGAGCUGCAGGAGCAGAGCCGCGCGAUUGAGAUCUCGCGGAUCCGAGCGGAUGUGAUAAGUGUCGUUGCGAAUGGGAAAAUGCGCGACGAGCGCACGGAACUGGUGUCGGAUUCCCUCAAGAAGGUGCAACAGGAACUGCAAGAGGCAGUGAAGAGUAUGGUACAGCGCUACCAGCUGCUGGACAAGCGGGUGAGUCAGCUCCAGGUAGCAGUGCAACCGCCCCAGGUCACGACGGAGGGACGCAAGACACGAUGGAACACGUUGCGUUUCUUCGUCACAAUGUUAUUAUUGGGGACAAUGUCGGCAGCAGUCGGCUUUCUCGUCGUGAGUAGCAGAGAGUGUGGGGUAAUCGAGCGGUGUCGUCCGCUCAUAUAG